AUUAUUAAACUUAUAUAUAUUAUAUACUUACAAAUUUAUAUAAACACAUGUACCAUCCAAUAUUCUCAAGAGAACACAACACCCUAUUCUCUUAUAACAAAUUUCUCAAAACUUUACUCUCACACAUUAAUCAAUUUCUAAACCUUAUACUAAAACAAAACCAUAGAAUCUUUUAUUCCAUUUUCACUUUAUUUUAUUUUUAAAUCGUUUAUAUGGAGAUAAAAUGCAAAACUUGCGAACUUUGCAAUCAACAAGCUUCUCUCUAUUGUCCCUCCGAUUCAGCUUUUCUUUGCCGGAACUGCGACGACGCCGUUCACGCCGCUAACCUCCUCGUCGCUCGCCACCACCGCCAACUCAUCUGCUCCAAAUGCAACGGUUUCACCGGAAUUCACAUCUCCGGCACCGAACUCCGUCGUCUCCCGUCAACCUGCCAAUCAUGUUUACCGGAAAACCCUGCCGAUGACACCGAUUCUCAACUUUCUUCUUCUCCUUCUGAAUCUUGCACUACAGCACCAAAGAAGAUGAAAUCUAGGAGGAUUAAGAGAAGUUUGAGUUCCGUUACCGAUGAAACAUCUCCGGCGAAGAAAAUGAAGAUCGGAAGUAAAAGUGUUGGAUCGGUGGCGGAGGAGAUUUUUGUAAAAUGGAGGAGAGAGUUAGAGUUAGAUUUACCGGUGAACGGUAAUCGCGUGGUGGUGGAGGCUUUGAAUGUGUGUCUGAGAAAGUGGAAGUUACUACCGUUGGAGGUGGUUGCUGCGACGUCGUUUUGGUUUGGUUUGAGAUUUUGUGGGGACGUUAGUUUUGCCACGUCUCGAAAUCUGAUUAGGUUAGAGAAAAUAUCAAAGGUACCAGCUAAGCUGAUUUUGGCCGCACAUGCGAAGCUCGCACGUGUCCUUACACACCAUUUUGAAUUGCAAGAAGGAUGGGAUGAGUCCUAAGAAAUUAAACCCUUCCUAACCAAUACUCUAGUUAGUUUAUUAAUUAUAUUAUGAAUUGUGAAGGAUAAUAAAAAUAUAUACUUUGGUUAGACUAAUAUAUGUAUUUCAUUUCAUUUUUUUUUCAAAUCUAGGAAUAAGUUAGCAAAUAAUACGAGUUUAGUUGUUAGGAUCUAUA